AUGCCACUUCAGUACCCGUUGCUCUUCCCCUUUGCAGAGCAAGGUUGGUCCCCUGAUUUACGUUUAUCUGGUCGCGCACUAUCAGAGAAUCAAAAUUUGACGAUGAACAUGUUCUACGCUUAUCAGAUACAUGAUCGCAUAGGUGUAUACACUUUGUUGUUGAAAGCUGGUCGUCUUUUGCAACAAUAUUUAGUUGACGCAUAUGUGUGCAUAGAGCAAUGUAGGCUUGACUACUAUCGUGCUAACCAAAAUCGUUUUCGUUCUGAGUUUCUUCGCGGUAUCCAUGAUGCUUUCUCCAAGGGUGAGACUGAGGGUCGUGAUGUUGGUAAAAGAACCAUUCUACCAUCCUCAUUCACAGGUGGGCCAAGGUAUAUGUACAAGCAUUAUCAGGAUGCGCUCGCUAUUUGUAGAGUCCACGGUAAUCCACAAUACUUCAUAACAUUUACCUGCAACGUUAAGUGGCCAGAAAUCAGACGCUACUUGAAUCACGCUGAUUGCACAGGCGCCCAAGAAAGACCUGACAUUAUUGCAAGAAUUUUCCAACUGAAGGUUGAAUCACUACUAAAGUUCUUAAAAACACAAAAGACUUUUGGUAGUGUUGCAGCAGAUCUUUAUACAAUUGAAUUUCAGAAAAGAGGCCUUCCACAUUGUCAUAUGUUGCUCUGGGUUGUACCAGAAUGCAGAAUAAAAGAUGCGCAACAUGUGGAUAAUUUCAUUUCUGCUGAAAUUCCAGAUCCAGGGGCAGAUCCGACUUUAUAUCGAAUAGUGACUGAUUCUAUGAUGCAUGGUCCCUGUGGCUUACCAAAAAUGAACGCACCAUGCAUGGUUAAUAAGAAAUGUUCAAAAUCCUUUCCAAAGGCCUAUGAACAAGUCACUCGAUUUGACAAAGAAGGGUAUAUUCACUAUAAAAGACGACCAAAUGGUCCUCAAUUGGAAAAAAAUGGUGUGCCACUUGACAACGGUUACGUGGUCCCAUAUAAUCGGACUCUUUGUUUGCAUUUCGAGGCACAUAUAAAUGUCGAAUAUUGCGGUUGGAGUAUGCUCAUUAAGUAUUUGUUCAAGUACAUAUCCAAAGGUGUAGAUCGCAUUUGUUACGCUGUCACAAGAACCCCUGACUGUACAACACAAUCAACAUCAAAUUCUCACGAAGGUGUAGACGAAAUCUCAAAGUUUGUAGAUGGUAGAUUCGUUUGUCCACAUGAAGCAGCUUGGAGGAUCCUCAAUUUUCCAAUUCACCAUAGAAACCCAGCUGUUCAGCUAUUAGCCGUUCACUUAGAGCACAUGCAGAAUAUCAUCUUUAAAGAUAACCAACAGCUACACGACAUUCUUGGUAACCCAGCAACUCAGAAAACAACAUUAACAGAAUGGUUAAGAAGCAAUGAACAACAACCGAAUGACAGGGAUUUAUGUUACGUGGACUAUCUGUCUAGGUACCGAUGGGAUCCCUCCAAGAAAGCAUGGCUUAAAAGAUUAUCUACCAGAACUCCACCAAUUGGAAGGUUGGCAUACAUACAUCCAGCAUGUGGUGAGUCAUUCUACCUAAGAAUGCUACUUAACCACCAAAAAGGUUGUUGUUCUUUCGAGGACAUCAGAACAGUUUCUAACAUUGUAUACCCUACCUACCGAGCUGCAUGCGAGAAACUUGGUUUGAUAGGCGAUGAUAGAGAAUGGGUUGCAGCUUUCGUAGAGGCAUCGUCUUGGGCCACAGCUGCAGAAUUAAGGGCUUUGUUUGCCCAUAUGCUUUUAUUCUGUGACCUAUCUAAUCCAUUAAGUUUUUGGCAGAAAUACUGGCCACGAAUGAGUGAUGAUAUUAUUAGGAAUUUGAAUGAUGUUACUGGUACGUCAAAUACUCACAUUAGCGGCUUAAACCUGCAACAACAUGUAUUGUUCGAAUUGGAAUUAUUGUUGAAUUCUAAUGAAGGUUCACACUCAUUGGCCAAGUUUGGCUUACCGAUGCCUCCUGAUUCAAUGGUGUCAGCACUAAGAAACAGAUUACUUUUGGAAGAAAAGUGCUAUGACACUGACGCCUUGGUGACUAAAAGUAGAACUAUGGAAGAGGCCUUAAACUCUGUUCAGCUAGCAGUAUACAACAUGGUUGUAAACUCAGUUAUGCAAAAUACGCAAAUACUUUUGUUUAUAUACGACCAUGGAGGAACAGGAAAAACUUUCCUAUGGACUGCAAUCAUAGACAAACUCAGGUCCGUUGGGAAAGUAGUUCUUGCUGUCGCAGCAUCAGGGAUCGCUGCCUUGCUUUUGCCUUCAGGAAGAACAGCUCACUCUCGAUUCAAAAUCCCGUUAGAAUUAACAAACGAUUCAUUGUGCUACAUUAAAAAAAACACACAGCUCUCCCAAUUAUUAAUGGAAACGUCGCUUAUUGUAUGGGAUGAGGCACCAAUGAGUGAUCGAAGAUGCUUUGAAUCAUUGGAUAAGAGCCUUAAAGACAUAGUUGGUAACAAAGACAAACCAUUUGGCGGAAAAUCUGUGCUGUUAGGAGGAGACUUUCGACAAACAUUGCCGGUCAAACCCAAAGCUUCAAAGAAUGAAAUCAUUGCAUCCACUUUACCUAGGUCACACUUAUGGAACGACUUCAAAAUUGUUAAGCUAUAUGAAAACAUGCGUGUGACCAGAUCAACGACCUCACCUGCUGAUAAGGAAGCUGCUCUAGCAUUCUCAAAGUGGUUACUUGACAUCAGAGAUGGUCUAACUGGCGUACCGUACAAACAAUCACCAGACACGAAAAUCAUUGACAUACCAACACAGUUUCUAAUACAACCAGGGGAAAAUGGCUUGCAUCAGUUGAUAAAAUUCAUUUAUGAUGACGACAUCCUCCACAAUCCAACAGCCUCUAACCUUUCCGAGAGAGCCAUAGUAUGUCCAAAGAAUGAAACCGCUGAUGAAAUCAAUGAGUUAGUGCUUGCAUCUUCCCCUGGCGAAUGUUCAACAUACUUGAGUGUAGACUCUAUAACGCCUCAUUCCCACAGCCAAGGUGAUACCGAUCUUAUGCAAGACAACAUGCAAGAGGGUAGGAUAUCAUCCAUUGUCCCAGCAGGACCUGCAAUACCAAUUAAAAUUCGUGUCAUAAGAAAGUGGCAGCCUCGCCUACGAAACAGCGACAUGUACUACUUUUUCAUAGACAAACAUGGUGAUGGAAUACAAGCUAGCGUGCACUGGCUAGACAAAGAACUUUUCGAAAGGAAAAUCACCCUUUUCUCAUGCUACCUUCUGGAAAAAUACAUAUGCGAUGACCAGCCAACACCACCAAGAGUGAAUUCACACAUCGCAAGCAUUCGCAUGGGAACAAAAGCAUCACUAACCUUAAUUCCUACACCAGAUGCAUUUCCAAUGUACUAUUUCAACUUUUGUCCCUAUAGCGAGCUUUCACUUCGUACUGGUGACGAUCAAGAACUCCUUACAGACUACUUGGCAAAGCUAGAGUACACAACACCCGGAACAACCAAAAAGGGAAGAGAAUAUCUACGUCUUCGUCUCACGGAUAUCAGCGGCGAACACAUAAACGCUACUUUAUGGGAAGAGGUCUUACCAAAGUUUGAUAAACAGGCAAUGUUGGCUGCAGAGCAACCAAUAAUCGUUGCCUUGACAUCCGUUUGCGUAAGCACGUUCAAUGAUCGAGUGCAACUAGCAUCAACAAUUCCAACCCAUAUCUACUUCAACCCUGAUAUAGAGGCUGCCACAACUAUCAGAAAUAGGUUUUACAACUUUUAUUACCGCAAUGAAAAUACUGUAGACAUUUUUGUCGUGUAA